AUGGGCCGUGCGAGGCUCGCUGCUUGCCCCGAGACCCGCCACUACUGCCCUCAGCCUGGCUGCGGCAAGUCGUUCACGCGUCAAGGCGACACACAGCAAACCACGAUCCUGGCCGAGCUCGGCACUGCCCCGAUUGCGGCCGUGGCUUCGCGCGACCAGACGUACUCGCUGCGCAUCGCCGUCAAACAUGUCGACGCGCAAGACCUCGCGGUCGACGACCUCGAUGCGCUGUACGCCUGGCUCGUGAGCGGCUCGUCUGGCUUCGCGCCGCCAGUCGAAGGGCUCGACGACGCCGUUUUCGACGGUAACUUACCUGUCGAGAGCUCCGGACCCACCUGUCGGGUCGACUACGUCCUUCCAGAGCCGCCGCCUUCAGUCGCUCCGUCGCCGACCCGCGGUUACGCCAUCGACGAGGUCUUGCGCUCGCGCCUCCUCGCCUUCCUCUUUGCCCUUCCUGAGCUCGCCACGUCCACAUACUUUGCCUGCGACGCCCUCUCGACCUUUCUCGAGCAGUACUGGGCGAGCUGUGCUCCGACUUUUCCCGUCUUGCAUGGACCGACAUUCGACCCGUACGCGUCGGCAGGCCUCAUUACUACACUCGUCGUCGUCGGCAUGUGUGUGUCCGUCGACAAGGCCGCGUACGACCUGGGCGCGAGCAUUUUCGGCAAGAUGCGGCCGCUUCUUCUGCUCCACGAGGUCUCGGGCCCGGAGGUGCCGCUCGAGACGUUCCAGGCGCUCGUCAUCCUCGGCCAAGCCGGCCAGAUGCUCUUCGACAGCCGCGAGCACGCCCUGUCGUACUCUGCGGCGGCUCACGACUUUGGCGUCAGCCGCAGCAUGGACAUCUGGUACCCGCGAUGGUACAAGCGCUUCGAGACGACCCUCGGCAACGACGAGGAGCGGUGGCGAGCGUGGGUCGCGAGCGAGUCAUGGUCUCGACUCUGCUACGCCAUCAUGCUGCGAGAUAUCCAGCUCUCGUCCAUCUUUGGCCACCUUCCCGUUCGCGCCCUCUCGAUGCUCAUCAUUCGCCUUCGCACGCCGGCGAGUGACGCCCUGUGGACCGCCCCGUCGGCAGAAGCAUGGCAGAAGCAGCGGUCGCCGUCGUCCGCGCCGUUCUGCCAGGUCUUCAAGGACGUCCUCGCUGCGCCGUCGUCGUCCUCGAGCAGCUCGCCGCCGCCGAGUCACGAGCACCUGAACCCGUUCGCGCUCUCUACGGUCCUCCAUGGCGUCAUGUCGCUCGCCUGGGACGUCAAGUGGCGCGGCACGCUACGCGCCGACGCGCUCGCGCCGCUGCACAAGACGCUCAACUGGCGCGGGUCGCUGCAGAGCGCGUACGGCCGGCUCGAGCGCGAGGUCGACGACGCGCUCGACAGCGAGGCGCUCACGUCGUCGGAGCGCACGAUGAGCCUCUCGUCGCUCGACCUCCUGUUUGUCGCCAAGCUUGACCUCGUCGCCGACCUUACCUCGAUGCUCACGUUCGCCGGCGUCAUGCGCAUCGGCUCGAGGAAUGUCGGACCGGACGACUUUGCGCUCGCGAGCCGCUCGAUCCGCAAGUGGGUCUCGAGCGAGGACGCCGUCGAGGCCGCAGGUCUCGCUGCGACCUACCUGCGCCGACGUUUGACUGUGACCGACCUCGAGCAGGGCUGGACCUUCGCAAAAGGAGCGUGGGCGCCCUGGUCGUUCUAUCUCGCUACGGCGAUGGCGACGCUCUUGUGCGAGCAACGAUGGGGCCUCGGCAAAGAGGCCGGCGCGGUCCUGCAGAGCUUGGUCGAGAGGCGGGUUUCGAGCGUAUUGUAAAGCAGACACGAGCAGCUGUCGAGUUCGGCACG